AGGGGUUCGGUGCCUUGCUCAAGGGCACCUCAGCCCAAGACUUGAACCCACAACCUUAAGGUUAGGAGUCAAACUCUCUAACCACUAGGCCACAACUUCCCCCUUAGCAAGAAGAUUUUGAGAAUACACCAACGUUCUACGUUCAUAAGCCAGGUGAAAACAAGUGAAUGUGACAAAAAUCCUCCAACUUGUUCACUGAAAAUUUGUAUUCCCUAAGGGUAAUGCAGCAAAGCUGACUAUGCCGACUAUGUUUAGCACUGUUGGGACCCGCAUUAAUCCAGCAAUUUAAAAGGGGAGGAGAGCCAAUCUCUGGGAGGGAUAUAACGGCGGACGAGCAGCUUCUGACACCCACAGGCACCCUGUACAGAAAGUAUCAGUCCUGAGCGCAUAUGAGCAUUACAGCAGCCAGCGUCUCUCUCUCUCUCUGUCUCUCUCUCUCACACUUCUCUUUCCCCUUGACACUGCAGGGGUGAAUACUGAAUUCAGCAAGCGGUUUGCUCUCCCCCUCAUUCUGUUUUCACAGAGCUCUGCACAAUGCUCAGAUGAGAGCGGGAGAGACAGUGUUUUAGAGAGAGAGAGGGCAAGUUAAAGAGAGCCAAAGAGAGAGCGAGAGGGCGAGUGCAUUACAGAGAGUGAUUUAGAAGAAAGAGACCAGAAAGAGAGCGUGUGUGUGAGACCGAAGAGUUUAUUACGAUAACGACUGGAGGUCUGGAUUAUGCCGCUUUAAUCCUCAAGAGACUUUGUGGGACAUUUGGAAGGUGGUUCACAAAAAUUUUAAGCACCCCAGGAAUUCCAUGGAUGUUAGUUGUUCUGUGUCGCCGACGAUUUGUGGAAUUCUUCAUACUGGAUUCAUUGCUCCUUUGCCAUCACCAUAAAAGUCACCUGUGUCCAUUGUUGCACCUUAAGGUUGUUCCAAUGCUCAUGGGGAACUGCCUGCUGCUGUUCCUCUGGUGCCUCAUAGACAAAAGCUUUGUUUCUCCCCUCCACUCUUCAUCCCAGAGCAGGAUGGGGAAGGAGCAGUACAGGAACAUGUUGGCACAUAGGAAACAUGGCAUGAUGGGAGUUCACAGAGUCAAGAGAGGAUGGGUGUGGAACCAGUUCUUUGUUCUGGAGGAAUACAUGGGAUCUGAUCCACAGUAUGUUGGAAAGCUUCACUCUGACCUGGAUAAGGGAAAUAGUAUGGUGAAGUACACACUCUCAGGUGAAGGAGUUGGUUCUAUUUUCACCAUCGAGCCAAGCACUGGAGAUAUCCACGCCUUAAGGAGCCUGGACCGAGAAGAGAAGCCUUAUUACACACUGAGAGCGCAGGCUGUGGACGUGCUCACGGGCAGACCCUUAGAGCCCGAGUCAGAGUUUAUUAUCAAAGUCCAGGACAUCAAUGACAAUGAGCCAAGGUUCCUGGAGGGCCCAUACUCUGCCAGCGUCCCAGAGAUGUCACCCGUUGGCUCAUAUGUGACACAAAUAACUGCCACUGACGCUGAUGACCCUACUUAUGGAAACAGCGCACGGAUUGUGUACAGCAUUCUUCAUGGGCAGCCGUACUUCUCUGUUGACCCCAAGACAGGGAUCAUAAGAGUUGCCUUACCCAACAUGGAUAGGGAGGUCAAAGAGAUGUACCAGGUGGUCAUACAGGCUAAGGACAUGGGUGGCCAGCUCGGGGGCUUAGCUGGGACCACAACCAUCAAUAUCACUCUUCGUGAUGUCAACGACAACCCACCACGGUUUUCUAAAAGCAUCUUUCACUUGCGCAUUCUUGAAACUUCACCUGUGGGCUCGUCUGUGGGGAGGGUCAAAGCUCAUGAUCUGGACUCUGGGAAGAAUGCUGAAGUGGAAUAUAGCAUCGUUCCUGGUGACGGAGGCUCCAUGUUUGAUAUUUACAGCAAUAAGAACACUCAUGAGGGAACAGUCAUACUGAAAAAGCGUCUGGACUACGAGACCAGAAAAGCCUACACCUUUAAAGUAGAAGCUUCAAAUGCAGUUCUUGAUCAUCGAUUCCUACAUUUGGGACCUUUUAAGGACACUGCCACAGUGAAAGUGAAUGUUCUGGAUGUGGAGGAACCUCCUGUCUUCAGCCGGCUGUCUUAUAGCAUGGAGACAUAUGAGGACACACCAGUGGGCAUCAUCGUCGGAGCCGUCACAGCUGAGGACCUAGACGUGGGCAACAGUCCUGUUAGAUAUUCAGUUGAGUGGAGAAAGGACUCUGAAAACCACUUUGACAUUGACCCUGUUGAAGGAACUCUGUCUGUCAUUGAAGCCCUGGACAGAGAGAGACAUACAGAACACAACGUCACUGUUGUAGCAACAAAAGUUAACAACCCCCUGCUGUCCAGCAAAGUUACCGUCACAAUCAAGGUGCUGGAUGUCAAUGAGUUUCCUCCAGAACUUGCCUUUGUAUACGAGACGUUUGUUUGUGAAAAUGCAAAAGUAGGACAGGUGAUUCAGAUCAUCAGCGCUACAGACAGAGACAUACCUGCUGUAGAGCACCGAUUCUACUUCAAAUCCCCUUCACAGACCAGGAACAGAAACUUCACAAUCAGGGACUAUGGAAACAACACAGCUGGAGUGGUGACCAGGAGAGGGGGGUUUCGGAGACUGGAGCAGAGCAUGUACCUGGUGCCGGUCGUUGUAGAGGACGGCGGGUACCCACUCCAAAGCAGCACAGGGAUGGUGUCAGUGCGGGUGUGCACCUGCAACACAGAUGGCUCCCUGCUUUCCUGCAAUGCAGAAGCCGUCAUCUUUCCCAUGGGACUCAGCACUGGAGCUCUAAUGGCCAUAAUGCUGUGCAUUGUCAUUCUGCUGGUGAUGGCGGUGCUCUAUAUGGGCCUGAGAAAACAUAAGAAGAAGGACACUCUGAUGUCGUCUAAAGAGGACAUCCGGGACAAUGUGAUCCACUACGACGAUGAGGGAGGUGGGGAAGAGGACACCCAAGCCUUUGACAUAGGUACGUUACGAAACCCCAAAGGCAUCAAAGAGACGGCACAGCUGCAAAAAAUAAGAUCAGAGGAUGAGCCCAAUCGGGCUAGUGUGUGUAUGUCCAACGAGGACAGCGAGGACAUCCGAGCCUACAUCCAUCACUGUCUUCUGGAGAACUCAUCACCUCCAUAUGACUCUCUGGUCACGUAUGCAUAUGAGGGAGAGGGAUCGGUGGCUGAGUCUCUUAGUUCCAUUGAGUCCUGGGUGCUUGAACCCAAGGAGGAUUACAGAAAUCUCUGUGACUGGGGUCCUCGUUUCAAAACACUGGCUGGAAUAUUUAAAGAGCAUGAGUGUAAGGACAUGGAAAAGACGGAAAAUUAAGCACACGCUGAGGUGCUAAAUGACAGACUGGACUAAGAGCAUUUUCAGGGUCUCUGUGAAAAACACGAAGUUAUUUCAGGCAUGGCCCUUAAAGGAAUAGUUCCAUCUAAAAUGAAAAUUGUCAUGUUGUUCCAAACCUGUAUGACUUUCUUCUGUGUAAAGGUCCGGUGUAAUUAGUGAAAUUUUACUGAAAUUUCACAUAAAAAAAAAAAAGGUACAUUGUCUGUUUGUCGUUAGUGUAGCAAUGUAUGAAGGAUAGUUCACAUAGAAGUCACUUUCAAACCAAACAGCUUUUUGCUGGUUAACGUGAAAAGCUUCAUUGUGAAAUCUGUGUGGUGAAAUCUUUUGCCCUUACGUGAUCUCAUGGAUUCCUAGAAUUAGGAAUAGAUUUUGCCUGUGAACAAUGAUAAAUAUGACUGCACCUUAACACACUAGAAGAACAUUUAAAAAAUGUCUGAGUGUUUUUUUUUUUUUCUUUUUUUCUCCAUACAGUCUAUACAAUGAAAGUCAGUGGGGGUGAAAUACUGUUUUGGACCCCAUUGACUUUGAUUAAAUGAACAAAAACAGUUGAAACAUCAUUGAAAAAAAAGGGGUAAAUGUGACCGCACCUUAACACAAAAGUGAGUGUUUUUGUCUGUACAAUGAAAGUGAUUUACUUUGAUUAUAUGAACACAACAGUUAAACCAAACAAACAAACAAACAGUUUCUGUUGUU